AUGUCUGGGGGUUAUGACUCGGAAAGGUUUAGUGGACUACAGGAGUCGGAUAUUGAGGAACUAUCAUGUGGUAUAUGUUUGAAUAUAAUCAAGGCACCUGUAAUUGUACCUUGCUGUCGACAAGCAUUUUGCCAUGAUUGCAUUAGUGAUUGGCUUACAGACAAUAAUGAUUGUCCUUUGGACCGGGCACCUUUAACUGUUGAUGGACUACAAAAGCCACCUAGAGAAAUGUUACUAGAAACUAUGCUUGGUAAACUAAAAAUCAGUUGCGAUAACAAGGACUAUGGGUGUCCCGAAGUGGUCCCACUAGAAGACCUGGAUCACCAUAAGGCUAAUUGUGAAUUUAAGGCUACCCAAUGUCCAAGGUGUUUGUGCGAUAAAAAGCCUAAUCACGACUGUAUUGAGGCACUCAUGCAAUUGAAUCGAAACGCCAAUCAAGAGAUACAGUCAUUGAAACAUCAAACGAGUUUCAAUAUGGCGGCCGAAAGUGAUGAAAAGCCUUUAAAACAAGCGCCGCGCAGACAUCUGUCAAACGGACAGCCCCUCCACCACCAUCAGCCCCUCCAGUUUCAAUUGAGGCUCCAAUACCAUCUGCCCCUACACUACAAGAGCCUAUUAUACCAACAAUGGAUUCUCAUGGAAAUACAACAAUGGUUCUGGGUUCAAAACUAUAUCCUGACUUACCUGUGCCAAGUCAUCAUGCUAAAACUUGUUACCUUGUUCAAAAUAUGCGACAAAAUUCCCGAUGAAGUCAAACAAAAGGUCACAUUAUUUCACGUUUUCUUAUCGACAAACAACGGCUCAAACGUCAUAUUCAUAACGAACUACGACUUUGUGUACGGUUUGGGUGACAACUGUGGCGGGUGUCUGGGAAUGGGUCACAAUAUUCCCGUUGAAUCGCCACAAAUCGUACAGGAAUUGUGUCACAAGAAUAUUAAGCAAUUGUAUAAUGGAGGCAAUUUUGUGCUCGCUGAAACCACCAAUAACAAAUUGUAUGCUUGGGGAGUCAAUACAUGUGGGCAAUUGGCUAGAAAAUUGAGCAAGGGCAGCGUGUACUUUAAACCCGAGAAGCUUGAGUAUUUUAAUGAUAAACCUAUCAAGCAGAUUUGUUGCGGGUUUGAGCAUACCCUGGUGUUAACCCAUAGUGGACAGGUGUAUGGGUGGGGCGGUAAUAGUAGCGGUCAAUUAGGGUGUGGAAAGUUGGUGGAUCAGGGAUUAGUGUAUAGCUGGGGCAAUAAUUUUCAGGGUAUGUUGGGUCAUAAUGUGCCUGAUGAGUGCAUUGAUAAACCAAAGUUUAUUCCCAACCUGAAU